AUGUAUCCAAAGUCCGACGUCACAGUCGACGCCUCGAAGUUCGAUCGCAGCGGAAUCGACAAACAAACCCUGGAGUUCAACGAGAAAUUGAUUAAGAUCUGGGCGGAUGGACCGAGGUGGUAUGAGGUCGGCGCAGCAGCCUACCGCCAGAUGCGCUGGGAAGGCAAAACCCCCUUACCCAAACCCGUGGUUCUACCCGAAGGUUUCAACGGCUCUCUCCCGUCGAGAGAGGCAGGAAGGGAGAUACCUCAAGACCCCUACCUAAAAUACAUGGCCGACCACUUCGAAGUAACAGUCGUAUCAAUCGGGUACCGGCUCGCGCCCGAAGACCCCUGGCCCGCCGGCGCAGAAGAUUGCUACGACGCUGCGGAAUGGCUGGUCAAGAAUGGUCCGGAGGUUUUUGGUGGGGAGUUGAUGUUUACGGGUGGUGAGUCCGCAGGCGGCCACCUCGCCUGCCUCGUCGCCUUCCACCUCCUAAAAACGCUCCCCACAUUCUCCUUCCGCGGCCUCCUCCUCCACUUCGGCUGCUACGACAUGUCCUCCUUCCUCCCCCACGUCCUGCACCACGAAUCUCACCUCGUAAUCGACCACGACGUGAUGAAAUCCUACAUCGACGCCCUGCUCCCCAACACCACAGAAGCGGAGCGCCGCGAUCCCUCGAUAAGUCCUUUCUGGCAGGAUUUGAGAGGUAUGAAACUGCCGCCGGCGUUGUUUACGUGUGGGAGUGAGGAUCCGUUGUUGGAUGAUAGUGUGUUGAUGGGGGCGAAGUGGGGGAUGUGGGGUGCGGAAAGUGUGGUGAAGAUUUAUAGGGGCGCGCCGCAUGGGUUUAUUGGGUUUCCGCCGGGGACUAUCAAGGCGGUGCAGGAGGUGCUUGAUGAUACUGAGGCGUUUGUUAGGGCGAAGAUGGGGGUUUAG